UGAGUGUGUGCUCCUGGCCUCUCUCCGGCCAGUGGCCUACCGGGCGCCCUCUUAUGUUCCCACUUCUGAUCCCUCUCUUCCUUUUCCUCAACUUCAGGUGGAACCGCCGCCAGGAUGCAGAUUUUCGUGAAAACCCUUACGGGGAAGACCAUCACUCUCGCGGUUGAACGCUCGGAUACAAUAGAAAAUGUAAAGGCCAAGAUUCAGGAUAAGGAAGGAAUUCCUCCUGAUCAGCAGAGACUGAUCUUUGCUGGCAAGCAACUGGAAGAUGGACGCACUUUGUCUGACUACAACAUUCAAAAGGAGUCCACUCUUCAUCUUGUGUUGAGACUUCGUGGUGAUGCUAAGAAAAGGAAGAAGAAGUCUUAUACCACUCCCAAGAAGAAUAAGCAUAAGAGAAAGAAGGUUAAACUGGCCGUCCUGAAAUACUAUAAGGUGGAUGAGAACGGCAAAAUCAGUCGCCUUCGUCGGGAGUGCCCUUCAGAUGAGUGUGGUGCUGGAGUUUUCAUGGCUAGCCACUUCGACAGACAUUAUUGUGGCAAAUGUUGUCUGACUUAUUGCUUCAACAAACCAGAAGACAAGUAAUUGU